UUAGCAGUUGGUGCUGAGGUCUUGAAGCUGGAAUGCAAGCUCUUAAUGCUAUCUCUGUUACAGCUAAAAGCUCAGUGUUCUUUUCCUGCUGUUAAUAUUGCACAAGAGACCGUCUAUUUCACUGAAUUUGCCUUUACCGAGGGCAUGUCUAUGGGGUAUUACUAUAUUGGAACACUUGCUGUUUAGUAGUAAAAUGAUCUAUUAAUCUGUUAGGUUUUACAAUAGAGUUAAGUUAUUCUAAUUCAUUCUUUUGGAUUUUAACUAUAGUAUAUGAGUAAAGUGCAUUUCACUUCAAGACUGGUAGCUUUGACCUGUCGAAUUGCAUCAGGAACACUAUGCCUGACACUUGUCUUUAGUAUGAAAUGUUAGGGUGUGGGCUAUUUUGAGGGGCUUUGGUCUGGUUCAUAAACCGAACUGAAGAUUGAUAUCUCUCCUGGUCUAGAUGAGCUUCAGGACAGUGUUGAAAGGGGUGGCUAGAGAAAUGGUGGCGUACAUUCGUUAUCUUGCAACUUUCUACAGAUUCCAGAAAGUUUUCUAUGGAUUGGAAAGUUGAAAAUGCUCCCUAUUUAUUUAAAAAGGAAGGAAGAGGGUGACUGGAAAUCAAGAUUUGUUAAUUUAAUGUUAGGGAAAUAUUAGAAUCUACAAUAGAGAGUCUGAAUUUCAAAAAGAAUAGUAAAAUCUAAGUUGUGUUUUUUUAACGUAAAUUCACCAUUUGAUUUAAUUGCUGGAAUUCUUUGAGGAUUUUUUUGUAUUUAUUCACUCUUGCCUGGCUAGCAUUUGUUGCCUGUGUCUAGUUGCCUUUGAAAAGGUGCUGAUGAACUGCCUUCUAGAACUGCUGCAGUCCAUGGGCUUUUGGUAGACCCACAAUGCCCUCUGGGAGGGAAUUCCAGGAUUUGACCUAGCAACAAUGAAAGAAUGGCAAUAUAUUUCCAAGACGUAAUCGUGAGUGUCUUAGGGCAUUUCUAUGGUGUUCCAAGUUCAAGAAUAAUAUUGCUGAUUCCAAUCUAAAGGAGUUUGGCAGUGUUUCUGCAAAAGAUCACCUGCCUGACCAGGAGUAAGAAAUUGAUAUUGUAUAUGGUGUGGUUCGAGGUCAUAUUACAAUAUGUAUGAGUUCCCAUUUUGGUAAAAUGAGCAUGGGAAAUUUUAAUCUGCUGUCUUUGUCCUUCUGGAGGCUAGUGGCCAUGAGUUUGGAAACUGUUGUCUGAGGAUCUUUGGUGAAUUUCUGCAAUGUAUCUUGCAGAUACUGCACAGUGCUGCUACUGAAUGUCAGUGAUGAGGGACUGGAUGCUUCUGAAUGUGGUGCAGCCAGUCCAGCAAGCUGCUUUAUCUUGGAUGGUGUCGAGCGUCUUGAGUGUUGUUGGAGCUGCACCCGUCCAGUCAAGUAGAAAGUACUUCAUCACGCUCCUGACUUGUGCCUUGUUUAUGGUGGACGGGCUUUUGGAAGUCAGGAUGUCAAUUGCUCAUCACAGUAUUCCGUACUACUUACCUGUUCUUGUUGCCACUGUUUAUCUGGGAAGUCCAGUUGAUUUUCUCGUCAAUGAUAACCCCCAGGAGUUGAUGGUGGGGGAAUUUAGUAGUAGUAACACAGUUGAAUAUCAAGGGGUGGUGGUUAGAUUGGCUCUUAUCAGAGGCAGUUAUUGCCUGUCUUAUGGUGCGAUUAUUUCUUUCCAUUUGUUAGCCCAAGCUUAGAAGAUGUCCAGAUCUUGUUGCAUUUGAACAUGAGCUGCUUUUGUAUUUAUUUUGUAUUUGGUUAUUGUAUUUUGAGUUGCAAAUGGUGCUAGACAUAAUGCAAUCAUUGGCAAAAAUCCACUUCUGAUUUUAUAAUGGAAGGAAGGAUCUGGAAGGUCAAGCAUUUGAAGAUGUUUGAGCCUGGAGCACCACCCUGAGGAAAUCCUGUGGUGAUGUCUUGGAGUGCCUAUGUGCCAGGGUGAUCUUUCUGAAGAUGAUUUUGCCAGAAAUCCAGAGCUGAGGAAACUUCAAAUCUUUGGUGCUGGACCCAAAAUGAUGGGCCUGGGUCUCCGAACAAAAAACAGAGAAGAUGAAGAGUUUUCGGUGACUCUGCGAUCGACAGGGCACAAGAAGAAUGCAGAGAUGCAGUUACCUCGUAUGCAAAUGAGACAGCGGAAAGGAGCCCUGGCUGUUAAUUUUAUUGACCUGUAUGUCUGUCUUGUGUGUGCACGUGGGGAUGAUGAAGACCGCUUACUGCUUUGUGAUGGAUGUGAUGACAGUUACCAUACUUUCUGUCUCAUUCCUCCCCUAAUGGAUGUGCCCAAGGGAGAUUGGAGAUGCCCUAAAUGUGUGGCAGAGGCAUGCAGUAAACCUCCUGAGGCAUUUGGCUUUGAGCAGGCAGUCAGGGAGUACACACUCCAAAGCUUCGGUGAGAUGGCAGAUAAUUUCAAGUCUGACUACUUCAACAUGCCAGUACAUAUGGUCCCAACAGAACUAGUGGAGAAGGAGUUCUGGCGACUUGUGAGCAGCAUUGAGGAGGAUGUUAUUGUGGAGUAUGGUGCUGACAUUACCUCAAAAGAAUUUGGGAGUGGAUUCCCAGUCAGAGAGACCAAAAGAAGGCUAAUGCCUGAAGAAGAGGAAUAUGCCAUUUCCGGUUGGAACUUGAAUAACAUGCCAAUUCUGGAGCAGUCAGUAUUGACUCAUAUCAACGCAGACAUCUCGGGGAUGAAAAUUCCUUGGCUUUAUGUGGGGAUGUGCUUCUCCUCCUUUUGCUGGCACAUUGAAGACCACUGGAGCUACUCCAUCAACUACCUCCACUGGGGAGAGCCAAAAACAUGGUAUGGGGUGCCAGGCUAUGCUGCUGAACAACUCGAGCUUGUAAUGAGGAAGCUGGCUCCAGAACUGUUCCAUUCUCAGCCAGACCUGCUGCACCAGUUGGUGACCAUCAUGAAUCCCAAUAUUCUUAUGGAGCACGGAGUCCCGGUGUUCCGAACAGAUCAGUGUGCUGGUGAGUUUGUGGUUACUUUCCCAAGAGCCUAUCAUAGUGGAUUCAACCAGGGCUACAACUUCGCUGAAGCAGUGAAUUUCUGUACUGCAGACUGGCUGCCCAUUGGCCGUCAGUGUGUCGGUCAUUACCGGCGUUUGCACCGAUAUUGUGUUUUCUCACAUGAAGAACUAAUUUGCAAGAUGGCAGCUGAUCCUGAGGGUUUGGAUGUUGAGUUGGCUGCCGCUGUCUCCAAGGAGAUGGUGACCAUGCUUGAGGAGGAGACACAACUGAGAAAGGCUGCCUUCGAAAUGGGUAUUGUUGAUUCUGAACAAGAGGCAUUUGAACUGCUACCAGAUGAUGAACGACAGUGUGAGACUUGCAAAACAACAUGUUUCCUGUCUGCUGUUACAUGUACCUGUGAUCCCAAUCGGCUUGUGUGUCUUUAUCACGUUAAGGAUCUCUGCAAGUGCCCAGUACCGAACCUGUGUCUCAGAUAUCGUUAUACACUGGAUGAGCUCCCAUCAAUGCUUUAUGGAGUUAAGGAGCGUGCCCAGUCAUAUGACAACUGGGUGAGUAAAGUGAGAGAAGCCUUGGAAGCAGAGCUUAAUCACAAGAAAGAUCUCUGCGAGCUGAAAACACUCCUGGAAGAUGCAGAAGAUAAGAAGUUUCCUGAGAAUGAUCUCUUGCGGCAACUGCGAGCAGCUGUGAAAGAGGCAGAGACUUGUGCUUCUAUUGCCCAGCUGCUUGUCAGCAGGAAGCAGCGCAGCAGAAAUAAAUCAGAAGGUGGAAAGACUCGAACAAAGCUGACCGUCCAUGAGCUGAAAGCGUUUGUACAUCAGCUGUACAGCCUGCCUUGUGUUAUCAGCCAAACUCGAUUGGUUAAGGAGUUGCUGGACAAUGUGGAGGAGUUCCAUGAACGUUGUAAGGAGGCUUUAUCAGAUGAAAUUCCUAACUCCUCCAAGUUACAACUGCUGCUUGAACUUGGCUCCGGGUUAGAUGUGGAGCUGCAGGAACUACCUAAACUGAAACAGCAUCUCCAACAGGCUCGUUGGCUUGAUGAAGUGAACCUCACCCUCACAGACCCUGCCAGAGUCACUCUAGAUGCCAUGAAGAAACUCAUAGACUCUGGGAUUGCCCUGGCACCCCACAGUGCAGUGGAAAAAGCGAUGGCUGAUUUACAGGAACUGUUGACUGUGUCAGAGCGUUGGGAAGAGAAGGCCAAGGCUUGUCUACAAGCCAGGCCAAGGCAUGGUAUGGCAACUCUGGAUGGUAUUGUACAUGAGGCAAAGAAUAUUCCUGCAUAUCUGCCUAAUGUGUUGGUGCUUAAGGAAGCUUUGCAAAAAGCCAAAGACUGGAUGGCAAAAGUGGAAGCUAUUCAGAAGGGAUCGUACAAUGCGUAUCUGGAUCAGCUGGAAAGCCUACUUGCAAGAGGGCGCCCUAUACCAGUGCGGCUGGAUCCACUUCCCCAAGUGGAAUCCCAAGUAGCAGCUGCUCGAGCAUGGAGAGAACGUACUGCUCGAACGUUCCUGAAGAAGAACUCUACCUAUACGUUGUUGCAAGUGCUGAGCCCCAGGACAAAUAUUGGUGUUUACUGCAGUGGAAAGAAUAAACGGAAAAAAAUGAAAGAAUUAUUGAUGGAGAAAGAGAGGGACUUCGAUUUGGAGAGCUUGAGCGACUUAGAAGAGGUGGCUGAACAAUCCAGUGACCCAAACACAGUUAUUGCAGGCUUCCGUGCAAUGGAACAAAAGGAGUGUGAGGCAAUGCAUUCUUUGAGAGCAGCAAACCUGGCUAAAAUGGCAAUGGUGGAUCGAAUUGAGGAAAUCAAGUUCUGUGUCUGCCGCAAAACAGCCAGUGGAUUUAUGCUACAGUGUGAACUUUGUAAAGACUGGUUUCACAGCACCUGUGUUCCUCUGCCCAAAACUGGCACACAGAAAAAAGGACUGGGCUGGCAUACCAAAGAAGUGAAAUUCUUGUGCCCACUGUGUAUGCGCUCUCGAAGGCCACGUCUUGAGACCAUUCUCUCGCUGCUCGUUUCCCUUCAGAAGCUUCCAGUACGUUUACCAGAAGGAGAUGCCUUGCAGUGUCUGACAGAGAGAGCAAUGAGCUGGCAGGAUCGCGCCAGGCAAGCCCUGGCCACUGAUGAACUGUCUUCUGCACUUGCAAAACUGUCUGUGCUAAGCCAGCGAAUGGUGGAACAGGCAGCGAGGGAGAAAACUGAGAAAAUAAUUAGUGCUGAGCUGCAGAAGGCAGCAGCCAAUCCAGACUUGCAGGAGCAUUUGCAGAGUGUCCAACAAUCUGCUUUCAGCAGGAGCAUGGGGAGUUUGGCAAACUCGCCCAGAAAAUCUAUUGAAUUGGAUGAGGAAGAAACCGAUUCGGAUGAUGAUAUCAGAGAUGCAUACCGCUACGAGAGAAAAGAUGGUGCAAGCAGUGUCUCAUCAGGUAGCUUGGAACCAAAUCUAUUCUGUGAUGAAGAAAUUCCAAUCAAAGCAGAGGAAGUGGUAUCACAUGUGUGGCCAGCAACUCCAUCUUUCUGUGCUGAACAUGCUUACUCUUCUGCAUCAAAGUCUUUCUCGCAAGGAACUGGAACUCCACGGAAACAACCACGUAAGACGCCAUUGGUGCCACGUAGUUUGGAGCCCCCAGUUCUUGAGCUGUCACACAAUGCAAAAGUUCAGCUGGAGGAGCUGAUGAUGGUGGGAGACCUUUUGGAAGUAACCCUAGAUGAAACGCAGCACAUUUGGAGAAUACUGCAGGCAACACACCUUCCUGCUGAGGAUAGAUUUCUACAUAUAUUGGAGGAUGAUGGCCCAGAGGAGAAAUCUAUCCGAAUUAAAGUCAAAGAUUCUUCUGAUAAAAAGCGAAAGCGAAAACUAGAAAAGGCUGAGUUGUUCUUGGGGGAUGGCAAGAAGUUGAAAGAACUGAGAAAGUUUGACAAGCCCAAAAAGAAAAAGCUGAAAUUGAUGCCUGAGAAAUUGAAAGAACAGAGCAAACUAGGGAAAAAAGUGGGAAAAGAAGAAAAGGAGAAAGAGAAGAAGAAAAAAGAGAAAUCCAAAGAGUGUGUGGAGAAACUGUUGGAAAAGAAGAAAGAAAAGAAAGUGAUUUUACCAGCUCGGGAGGAUUGGUCUGCAGCAGAGGACUCUGAGGAUGAAAAUGCUGUUUGUGCUGCGUUGAACUGUCAGCGACCCUGUGGAGAAGAGGUUGAUUGGGUGCAGUGCGAUGGAGGCUGUGAUGAAUGGUUCCACCAGGUCUGCGUGGGUGUCUCUUCUGAGAUGGCAGAGAACGAGGAUUACAUUUGUACUGCAUGCACCAGGCAAGGAGCCCCUGACACCCGAGCAGCAGGCCAGGGCCCGCCUGGAAUCUAUACUGCCACAUCCUUCCUGGAGGACUCGAAGGACAGCAGCUAGUUUCUUCAUAAUGACUUUCGUGGAAGUACUGUCAAGUUGUUGGCUUCCAACAGGACCCUGGAUGUAGCUGAUGAGCACCACACUCUGCCACAAAUGCCAUGCACCCACAAUGUUAAGGACUGAUGUGAAGUAUAUGGUUAAAGAUUAGCUUUAUAAGAAAGUGAAGGUAGAGUCAGUUCUAAUCUCCAUUGUCUGUGUAAGAGUGAGCCCCUCCUAUUUGUUGCAGCAGGUGUAGUGGGACAGGAGGCAAUACAACAAGGAUAGUGGCAGAGGAGGGGCAACAGCAGGUACUGGAAAUGCAUGGCAUGCUGCUGGACGUGGAGCUUGGGAGUGGAAGUGGAAAGGGAGCAAGGUGCUUCAGGAGAGAAACUAAGAGGAGGAUACUUAAGUGGGGAGGCAGAAGCAAGUUUCCACAACAAAACUCCCUUGGGGAACAUUAUAGCUGUUCAGCUAUAUUGCAAGAGGAUAAGAACAUCAUUACUUCUAAAAGUUAAGUAUUUAAUCUUUCACAUCUUUUUAAUAAUGAUUUGGAACUUGUUUAGUCAGUUUUAAAUUGGACUUUUUGUUUUUUUACAUUAAGCAUAUUCUGAUGAGAUUUAAAGAUGGCCUUUAGUUUAAAAAUGUGUGAGAAUGGGAAACGGUUGGCAGUUUUUUUUAAACCAAGUGUACGUGUGUUUCUUGGAGAAAACAAGUUAUAAUCUGGCUGACUGCAUACUUUCAAAUGCUGUACAUGUACAAAGCACUCUCAUUGAGCAACAAUACCUCAGAACAGAGUGCUUAGAUGGAAUUGCAUUUAACAGAAUACAAGAACCAAUUAUGCCUUGGGACCCAGCUAAACAAACGGGAACACAUUCAUCCUAGGUGCCCAGUAAUUUUAUGUAUUUAUGUAGGUUUUGCUGUAAGAUACUAGGUUGUUUAGACUUUUUGGUAAAACAUUUGUUUUAUUUAUCAUUUUCUGUUUUUUUUUCAUAAACUUGUUUGAGAGGUGGAGUUUUUCAUCUAUGUAUAUGUAUUAGGAUGUAAUGUCUUUUCCUGUGUCCGAGGAGAAAAAUGCUUGUCGCAAGUUACAAACAAUGCAGUCACUCUAACCAA